AUUGAUGAAUGUAUUGAACCAGAUGGGCACUCAGUUAGCCAGAUUGCUAACCAAAACCAAGAGUUUUUCUGUCACGUUAUAGAAAAUUGUCAUAACGUGAAACUGAUCUUACUUUACCUCAGCGAAGUUAAAUUUCAGGUUGCUGUGCCACUCAGUCUGUGUUUGCCACGCUUCCACAUGCUUUAAACUUUGACCUGCCAAGAAGUACACGCACGCACGCACACACACACACACACACACACACACACACACACACACACACACACACACACACACACACACACACACACUUCUCUGCAGGGCCACACAAAAACACAAUCCAAAUACUACAUGCACACAACCAACCAACACACACUGACCAGCCACAGGAAACACAUUCACAGACCUAUUCUAACCCUACUCACAAACACAGCUACUGGAACCCACAACACACAUAUUGCCACCCCUCUUUUCCACCUCUUUUGCUCCUCCCCUCUGCAUACCUCUGGAGCUACACAGAACUUAUCUGAUUUUUUUGAAUUUUUAAUCUGCAAACCACAGAGAGGAACACCAUUGCUCUCCCAUUAAGCUCCUGAGCUGGUCAACUGGCAACUGGUCACAUAUCAGCAUGAUGGCAAGAGGAUAAUAUGCAUGGAAUGUAUUUUUACCACAUCAGUUUUUUGGACACAUUGACGACAAUGAUGAUUUCUUCCUCCUCCCCAAUUAUUUGCAAUUAUUUUGCUUUGAACCUGGAUGGUGCUGCAGCAGAGAUGGUCUCUGAUUAACUUUCUGCUUUGGCUUCUCCUACAGAGUGAGUGAUCAUUAUGAAAACAAUGGACAUUACAUGUUCUGUUAGCAUAUAAUAACACAGUACAGUGUUGCUUACAUAUAGGAAAUAGUAGCAAUAAGUGUUAUACAUUGGUAUACCAACCAUUCAGAAAAAUAAAAACCCUUUACCAGACUGUAAUGGGAGGAGAAGCAGAGGAAAGAGAGGCAUCUGACCAUUCCGAAAGGAGGAAACCCAAGGAAGAAGCAGAGGAGAGUGAGAAGGAGAUGGAGGAAGAGGGCAGAAGCAUGCAGAUCCCUAUGUUUCGCUGGGUAAUGCACGGGGCAGUGAUGUUUGGACGCGAGUUCUGCUACGCAAUGGAAACAGCCCUGGUGACGCCAGUGCUGCUGCAGAUAGGUCUUCCUGAACAAUAUUACAGUUUAACCUGGUUCCUCAGUCCUAUCCUGGGUCUCCUCUUCACACCUGUGAUUGGCUCAGCCAGUGACCGAUGUACUCUGCGAUGGGGCCGGAGAAGACCAUUCAUUCUGGCCCUUUGUGUUGGUGUGCUGCUGGGAGUGGCGCUGUUCUUAAAUGGAUCAUUAAUAGGCCUUUCUGUUGGUGAUAGUCCUAGCAGCCAGCCAAUUGGCAUUGUCCUCACUGUGGUUGGUGUGGUUGUGCUGGAUUUCUGUGCUGAUGCCUCUGAGGGACCAAUCAGAGCUUACCUUCUGGAUGUUGCUGACACUGACGAGCAAGAUAUGGCCCUAAAUAUUCAUGCUUUCUCGGCUGGGCUUGGCGGAGCAGUGGGCUACAUGCUGAGUGGUCUAGACUGGACUGGCACAGCUCUGGGACGAGCAUUUAAAUCACAGGAACAGGUCCUCUUCAUGUUUGCAGGCAUCAUCUUCAUUAUUUCUGUCACACUUCACAUGCUCAGUAUCCCUGAGCAACCUUGCAAUCCUUCCAAUCAGCUUAAAAUCACAGGAAGUGGGGAGUCUACCAGCCAGUUGUCUUUUAGGGCCAUUGGCCACACUCCACCUUUACUUGAUAUGAUUGCAGAGGAGGAUGCUUCAGCGCGAGCUCCGUCCCAAGAGGGCAACAGAUCAGAUCCUGAGCAAGGAGAAAUAGACUUCCUUGCUGUGGAGCGAGUGCGGAGUAAAAGCGAUUCAGUCUUAGCCAUGCCAGAUGCCACUAUUGAGUUGGAUUCUGACCUCGACCCAGAUGCACAAUUUUUCCAGUCAGAGGUGCAUCGCUUUCUACCAGAGCGAGAAGAUGUUUUUAAGUCAUCAGAGCACAGUAUCGGGUCUACAUCUCCUGCCGGUGGACCACCCGCCCUUGCUGAUGGGAUGGUGGUCUUAGAGCCCACAAAUCCAGCUUGUCCUAAGCUUAGGUGUCCAACAAAUGACCCUCCUCUCCUUCAGAUCAGUUCUGGCUCAGAGGACUCACAUCUGAAAACAGAGGUCAAGGCUGUCAAUGGUGUCAAUGCUGGCUUGUCCACUUCUGACCACUCCAAUGAAAUGAAAGGACAUGCCUCCACUAAGCUGCCCAGCCGGCCGUUCAAUCCCUUAGUUUCAUCACGACCACACCCACACACCUUCUACAGACAGCCUUCCUUCACUUUCUCAUACUAUGGACGAGUGGGAUCACAGCGCUAUCGACUGCGAAGGCCAAUUACCACCUCACAAAGUUUGAAUGACCUCAGUAAACUCCAGCACUGUGCGGACAGGCGGGAGUUGCAGCUUUCAGCUAGCAGUCUGUCAUCUGAGGGCUCCAGGAGUGAGGGAGGACCAGACAAGGGUACAACUGUUCGACUGCUCUGGUUAUCCAUGUUGAAGAUGCCGAGGCAGCUGUGGAGACUGUGUGUGUGUCACCUCCUCACGUGGUUCUCCAUCAUAGCUGAAGCUGUGUUUUACACCGAUUUUAUGGGACAAGUCAUCUACCACGGAGACCCCACGGCACCAGCCAAUUCCACAGAGCUACUAAACUAUCACAGAGGAGUACAGAUGGGCUGCUGGGGACUGGUGGUCUAUGCUGCUACUGCUGCUGUCUGCUCUGCAAUCCUUCAAAAGUACCUGGAUAAUUUUGAUCUGAGCAUUAAGGUUGUCUACAUUGUUGGAACUCUGGGAUUCUCGAUAGGAACUGCUGUUAUGGCAAUCUUCCCUAAUGUUUAUAUCGCCACGGUGAUGAUCAGUAGCAUGGGUAUCAUCUCCUUGAGUAUCUCCUACUGUCCAUAUGCAUUACUCGGGCAGUACCAUGAAAUCAAAGAGUACAUUCACCACAGUCCAGGAAACACUAGAAGAGGUUUUGGCAUUGACUGCGCCAUCUUAUCCUGCCAGGUCUAUAUCAGCCAGAUUCUGGUUGCAUCGGCCCUCGGAGCUGUGGUAGACGCAGUUGGCAGUGUGCGUGUCAUUCCUGCAGUGGCCUCUGGGGGCGCCUUCCUUGGCUUCCUUACUGCCUGUUUCCUUGUUAUUUAUCCUGAUAUGGAGCCCACCAGCUUAGAGAAGGGCUUGGUGGGUUUACCUGGAGAUUCAGACCCAAAUGGAGGAAGGACCAGUGACCAGAGAUUGGCUCUGCUGAGCCUUACAGAUGGAGAUAGUCUAAAGAGGACAGAUAAUGACUCUGUUGCCUUAGGAUAAUUGUUUAGGUUUCUUCUCACUAAGCACAGGCCACAGCAUGUGAGGGUUAAACCAAAUGUCUGUUUCUGUCUGAAGAAGGAAUUAGGAGAAACAUGGCAGAACACUGAGUUGACUCCCAUCUACGGAUAUCUGGGUGGGUGGCUUUAGAUGGAUAAUAUAUUUUUGGAGUAGAAGACUGAUAAGUUGAAACAAUCUCAGGGGCUGCUAUGUUUGUCUUAUUACUACCUCAACCCUAAAAACAAAUGGAUGGCUGGCUGGAUGGAAGUAAGCCAUU